AGGAGCAACACGCAUUUGGUCUCAACUAAUUUUGUCGACAACUAAGAACGGGGGAAUAUUCAACAGGAACAUGGAGGACAAGGAGGCGGGUGUGCAGUACAAUCGCUGGAAUGAUGACAACAUCAACCUGGAUGUGGCCGCAUCCCAAUCCAGAAUGAUGAGGGUCUACGACAGGCUGUGCACUGGGAACACUGGAAUAGCUGUGAAAGUGGCAGUAGCUGUGGCGGUACUGAUCAUCAUUUAUGUCAUUGGAUACGUCACCGGAUAUUAUGUCCACAAGUGCUGACAUAGGAGGCCAAGACAUUUACAGGAAGAA